AUGGCGCAGUUGGAUGCGAUGUUGAAGCUGCUGAAGCAGAUCGAUUCGGUGGAGAUUCCGCCGAAUGAUUUCGAUACCGCGUGGGAUCAUAAGGUCGAUGUGGUGCGGAAUCAGGCGAUUAAUCCGACGCGCGCGGCUGUGGUCGUGCCGUCGAAGACGGAGGCGGUGCGAGGCAAUACGAAGACGGAUGCGGGGGCGUUGGAGAUCUCGUUGACGUCUUCCGAAGAGAAGAGUGCCGCGGAGCAGGCGGAGGAGGUGGCGCGGAAGGCGGCCGUUGAGAAACAGAAUGCUCUGCCGGUGUGGCAUACGCAUUCGACGGUGUCGACGGGCCCUGCGGCGGGCGGGGGCACCAUCAAAUCCGAAGGCGGAGUGGCUAUCAAGUCCGAGAUCAAGGACGAAGACGACGAGCAGAAGCCCGCUGUCGAUGCGCUGGACGAUAAAUUGGCUGCAUACUACGCUGAGAUGGAGCGCGAGCGGGCCCUGCAGGCCCAGGAGGACGCAAGCAGCGUGGACGAAGACUCGGAUGAGUUCGACGAGUUCGAGGACGUGGGCGUGUCGGCCAGCGAGACGGCGUCUCCGGCGGUCGGCAGCGGGAGUCUAGGAAACGGAGGCCCGACGAGUGUUCCGUCAGCCCCGGGGAUCAAGCGUGAGUUGGAUGCGGAUUCGGGGACGAGUGGUGUGCCGACAGCGUCUGCUACACCGUCGACUACGGCGUUCGAGGACGGCCCGGCGGCGAAGAAGAUCAAGGUGGAACCGGAAGUCAAGAAAGAGGAGUCGGAUGAGGAUGACGAGGAGGAAUUCGAGGAUGUUUGA